AUGUGGACCGCAGCGGUUUUAACUUUUGUCGCAUUGAUGCUGAGCCCGCCCGAAAGGGUGGGAGGCCGUGUUUCAUCUAGCCUGCGCCUACAACUGCCACAUGGAGGUUGGCUGGUCGGUCGUCAUCUGAGUUCGCAUAACGGACGGCAUAUGCGCGCCUUUAUGGGCGUGCCCUAUGCCCUGCCACCGGUGGGGGAGCUGCGCUUUAAGUCGCCAGUUCCGCAGCCGGGCUGGGAAGGUGAACGUCUGGCUGUGAAGGAUGCGGCGAUUUGCAUGCAACGCGAUCCCUUCCGACGCGACAUGCUCAUCGAGGGCUCCGAGGAUUGCCUCUACCUGAAUGUCUACACACCCGAGAUCGAACGCCUCAAUGGUGCUUCGCUACCUGUCAUGGUUUGGUUUCAUGGCGGUGGUUGGGAGUGUGGCUCAGGCAUAAGCGGCUUCUAUGGACCCGACUUUCUGCUCGAUCACGAUAUAGUACUCGUGUCGGCCAACUUCCGCCUAGGUCCGCUUGGAUUCCUUAGCACAGAGACUUUGGACUGUCCCGGCAACAAUGGCCUCAAGGAUCAGCUGGAAGUACUUCGUUGGGUGCAGAACAACAUUGCCAUUUUCGGCGGCAGCCCCUCCAAUGUAACAGUGUUUGGUGAGAGCGCGGGAGGUGCCAGUGUUACGUACCAUAUGCUAUCGGAUAAAUCUCGUGGACUUAUGCAACGCGGCAUCGCCCAAUCGGGCACAUACUUCAAUCCCUGGGCACAGCCAGCCCACAAGGGUGUGGCCGCACGCCGGGCGGAGAAGCUAACCCAACUAGUGGGCUGUGACCAGGCAGGGGAGGAUUGGACCAGCAAGAUUGAGUGUUUGCGCAAACGCAGUGCGCAGGAUAUUGUCGCCACAGUUUAUGAUAUGUUUGUAUGGGACUUUGAUCCAAUGAUACCCUUCCCGCCUGUUGUGGAACCCGAACACAGCGAGGCCUUUCUUUCGGUGGCGCCACGCAAAGCUUCUACGCCACAUGGAUUCGACUUGCCACUGCUCAUUGGCGCCACAGCCGAGGAGGGCAUUUUAAAGACAGCAGCGCUACUCAAUCUUCCCCACUUGCUGGACGAUUUUAAGACCAACUUUGGCAAGGUGUUGCCCAUUGUGCUGAACUAUGAUCAUCAUGCAGGUGAACUGCAGCAGAAAAUAACCGAAAGCAUCGAGCAAUUCUAUUUCAAGUCAGGCCACGACUACAACAGAACCAAUCAUCAAAAUCUCACCAACGUAGGUUGGCGUAUUAAUGUCAGCAGAAAAUCUUAUGAAAAACAUGUUUACUCUUUUCAGCUCAUAUCUGAUGGCUGGUUUAUUGCCGGCAUUGAUGAAUAUUUACGGCUACGUAUGGCGGCAGGCAAAGCGCCCACAUAUGUCUACCUGUUUGACCACAAGGGAGCCGCUAGCUUUUCGGAAAUCUUCAAGGGUGGCCACGAUGACUACUACGGUGCGUGCCAUGCUGAGGAGCUGCAGUAUCUGUUUCCCAUAGGACGGGAACUAUUUGUCAGUGCUGUUCCAACGCAACAGGAUCUGGAGUUGCGGCAGCUGAUGCUGAAUAUGUGGAUCAAUUUUGCACGAACAGGAAACCCAAAUAUCGCAAAAAACUCCAGCGACUUACCCACUUGGCAGCCGGCCACUAGUUAUCCUGUGGAGUAUAUGCGGAUAGGCACUAAACGAGACGCGCAUGAGGAGCGACAUCCACUGCUGCGGUGGGAAGCUGCGCUGCUGCAGCAGCGCGCAAACUUCUGGCACAAUCUUAAGCCCCAUUUGCCUGCGGGUCAGUGCCCACAUAAAGGCACCCACAAUGAGCUAUAAAACGCUUAAUCAUGACCUCCAAAAAUUAAGUAACAACAAUUUGUUUUAUUGAAGUUGCAAUCAUAUUUGUAUUAUAUUAUAACACAUAUUAUUUUGUUGCUGGGCAAAAAAUGUUCGCUCAAACCGAUUUAUGAGU